GAAUUUUGUGGCUACAUCAGUUGGAAAAGUGACAUCGCGGUUAACGCGUCGAAAAUGCGGUUUAACACCGUCGCCUUUCGCAGGCAAAAUCUUUACUAAACGCCAACAAAAAUUUCAAAAUUUUAAGAAUUAUAAAAUUUUGAACUCGAAAAUUAAUACACGCCGCGUACUCUUAACAUCCGAUGAAGUUAGUGUUCUUGUGUGUGUGCGUCAUAGCCGCGUUGCACGCACACUAUCAUGCCACCACGCAAGCGGCACAAUUGCGUCGCGUUUGGAUGCAGGAUCAUUGCAAGAACGGAAUAUGCAUGAACAUCGAAAUCGGUCGCAAUGAUUUCGUGCUCCUUUCGCAAAUGCCAAUCGCUAACCAAAUUAUGUUGUCGUUUCUGAAUUCGUCGAUUUCGAAAAUACCGUCAUUAAUGUUCGAAACGUUUCCCGACUUGCAAGUGCUGCACAUGGAUAAUUGUAGUGUGGACGUUUUGGAAUCGCCACAAUUCGAAGGUGCCAGCAAUUUGAAGAGCUUAUCCCUGGCGCACAAUCAGCUUCGUGACAUACCUAAAAACAUAUUUCUUGGUGCUGAAAAUCUACACAGUCUCACGCUGAACAACAACAAAAUACAGAAGGUGCACAAUAUGAGCUUUCACGCAUUAAAAGAGCUGAAAGAACUCUCAUUAGCGAAUAAUCGCUUGGAACAUCUACCAACUGGCAUAUUUGCACCAUUGCGUAAACUUUUGGAUUUGGAUAUAUCAGGCAACCUGCUGCAAACAUUUCCGCGUGGCAUAUUCGAUAAGAACCUAAAUUUAACGCAGAUAAAUUUGGGACGCAAUCGAUUUGCGGUAUUCGAGUCCGAACUAUUCAAACUGCAGCACCGCAUCACCAUGCUGGAUUUGUCUGGAAAUGUGUUGCAGGAGUUGAUAUUGAAUUUUCCUGAGUUAAGUACUGCUAAAGCGAAUAACUGUGACUUACGCAAAUUGACUGUUUACGGGUAUGUUUCUGAGUUAGAGUUACGGAAUAAUUCGUUGCGUGAAGUGCCACAUCUGCAGCAUGCCGCGAAUGUCACAAGUUUGGAUUUAUCACACAAUCCACUCGGUGCUAUGCGCGGUAAUCCUUUACGUCGUUACAUUGGCUUAGAACGGUUGAACUUGAGUGCAAUUAAUAUGCAUGACGUACCAGAGCAACUGUUUAAAAAACAGACUCAACUAAAGAUUUUGGAUAUAUCUGGAAAUGCUUUGUACAACAUGAAAUUCACUAUAUUCGAUAGUCUAAAAUCUCUAGAAUUCCUAUGUUUCCAACAAAACAAUUGGAAUUGUGAUUUUCUGCAAUUACUGAUGAAUUCAUAUGUAAAACGACGUGAUGUUGGCUAUAUUGAAGAUACCAUAGAACCGGAAAUGGUCGAUGAUUACAUCGAUGGCGUGGCAUGUUGGUACGAAAAUAAUAAAUCAUCCAAAAAGUGCGAUAGCGCAACUUCGGAUGCAGCUAUGGAAUUGGCAAUUGUAAGAAAUGAUAUGAAAUCCUUCGUUGAUGUGAUGGACAAAAAAUUUGUAAAGGUCUAUCGCAUGCUGGAUGAAAUUAAGGCACAUUUGUAGUAAGAACAAGAAAUUAAAUAUAUAUAUAUAUAUUAUACAAAUGGAUAUUUGUGUAGCAAAAAUAAAUAUAUAACU